AUGGAAGAACUAAGUCGGACAUGGAAUUCUGUUUAGCAUGGAGAUAAACAUUUAUCCAAUCCAAAUGAGGGCUGCUUAGCUAACCAUAAGAGCACGGAGAGAGAUGUCAUUAAAGAAGAUAUGCAAAUAAAUAUCUAACUACCAAUCUCAAAACCACUACAAUUUGAAAAGGAUUUCUCCAUUAAUUAAGUUCCUUAUUAGAAAGGUCUUUCUCUCCAACUUACUUGCAGAGGUGUGUGGUUGUUGAGCUAUCUCACCAUUCUUGGAACUACUCCCAUUUAUUUUCUGCACACCCUCUCCUUCCUUCCUUCUUUCCCUUCACUCUUCUUCUAUUCUUUAUAUCUAUUCUUGCUUGGUGCCGCCAGGUGCCAAACCCUCUCUACCUCUUUGUCUCUCUCUCUCUCUCUCUCUCUCUCUCUCUCUCUCUCUGUGUUUCUCACUACCCAACCAUCUGGAAGUUUGAAAGGGUGAAAGUCUUUGCCUUCAUUAAUUUCUUCCUCUAUCCCUCUUCUUCUCUGAAAAUGGCCUCCUUGUGUUUAUAUAAGCUGGUGUACAUAGUUUUCUUCAACAAGGGUGAGAUUUGAGAGAGUGCUGCACAAAGACUAUCACAGAGAAAUUAGCAAGACGUAUAUGGAGAGCAUAGAGAUGGAUACAGAGAGAUUAACGGCAGAAAUGGAGCUUAAGGACUCCUCUUCCAUCCUUAUCAGAAUCCGGCAACGGUUGCCGGACUUUCUACAGUCAGUCAAGCUUAAAUAUGUAAAAUUGGGAUAUGGGUACUCAUCCAACUCUGCCACUACUCUUAUGUUCCUUGUCAUUUUGCCUCUGUUUAUUUCCCUCGCUAUUCAACUUUCCGGUUUCAAACUCUUCCGGGUAUCUGAGUUACUGCCGACCACAAGAUUACAAUAUGAGAUUGAUGCAACUACGGCCAUAGCCGGUUUGCUGUCGAUAUUUCUCCUCGGCUUCUACUGUUCCAAGCGAUCCACGCCGGUUUAUCUGGUAGAGUUUGCCUGUCACAAACCAGCGGACGUGAGGAAGAUGACGGUGGACAGCUUCCUGGAAAUGAGUGCAGAGAGCGGUGCCUUUCAAGAGGAUGCCCUUAAGUUUAUGUCGAAAGUAGCAAAACGAGCCGGUCUUGGCGACGAAACCUACUUGUCGAGAGGAAUUACUUCUCGGCCGCCGAAUUUGUGUCUUGACGAAGCACGCUUCGAAGCGGAGACUGUAAUGUUCGGCGCACUCGAUGCUCUCUUCGAGAAAACCGGCUUGGACCCGAGUGAAAUAGGAAUUCUAAUCGUUAAUUGCAGCUUAUUCAACCCCAUACCAUCGCUGUCCGCCAUGAUUGUGAACCACUACAAGCUUCGAACCGACGUUAAAGCCUACAAUCUCAGUGGAAUGGGAUGUAGCGCAAGCCCUAUCUCGAUUACGCUUGCUAAGGACCUUCUCAACGCUAACCCCAACACGUACGCCGUAGUUGUGAGCACCGAAAGUAUAACCCUAAAUUGGUACUUUGGUAACGAUCGCUCGAUGCUGAUCAGCAAUUGUCUGUUUCGGAUGGGAGGAGCCGCCGUGCUGUUAUCAAACAAGCACACGGAUCGAUCCCGCUCAAAAUACGAGUUGAUUCACACGAUUCGGACUCACAAAGGAGCUGACGACGAAAGCUAUAAUUGCGUUUAUCAGAAAGAGGACGAGGAGGGGAAAAUUGGAGUUUCACUCGCGCGCGAAUUAAUGGCGGUAGCAAGUGAAACAUUAAAGACGAACAUCACGACUCUAGGCCCUUUGGUACUACCAUUUUCAGAGCAAUUCGCCUUCUUCGUCUCUAUGUUGAAAAAGAAAGUACUGAAAGCAAAGGUGAAACCGUACGUACCAGAUUUUAAGCUCGCAUUCGAGCAUUUCUGUAUCCAUGCCGGCGGAAGAGCGGUGCUGGACGCUCUGCAGAAGAACCUCCAACUGAGUGAAUGGCACAUGGAACCCUCGAGGAUGACGCUGUACCGAUUUGGAAACACAUCGAGUAGUUCCUUGUGGUACGAAUUGGCAUACACAGAAGCAAAGAAUCGCGUCACAAAAGGCCACCGUAUCUGGCAGGUAGCUUUCGGAGCCGGAUUCAAGUGUAACAGCGCAGUUUGGAAGGCGCUGAGAGAAAUUCCGGCGACCGAGUGCGACCGAGUUAACCCAUGGAUCGAUUCAAUCGAUAACUUUCCGGUGAAGGUUCCUGUUGAAUAAUCAUAGCGUCGUAAUGCAAACACUUCUCCACCAACAUAUCCACGUUGGAUAUUAUGAACGAAUGUGGGUCCUCUCUUUUAAACAAAAACAAAAUCAAAAUAUUUAAGUUUAUUUA